AUGUCGAAACACUCUGAUAUCGUGGCUGCCUUCCAGCAGCACCUUCCACUGCUAACUGGUUGCCCUGUGGUCGUCAUUCCCGGCUCGGACAAAUUGACGCCAACUUCUCAGCCGCACGGCUCUGAUACCGAUCAACGCAGCAUCGUCGCCUCCACUGAGAUCGUUUACGCCUGCUCCUGCUCUCUCCACGCAGCCGUCUCGGAGGCCGGCGACUCCAGCACAAAUGAGCGUCCAGAGGCAGGUCCAAAUAUCCUGAACCCGACAUCCAAUGUUUUCCUGCGCUCAAAGGGACACUUGACUGCCUGGCAAUCUACCGACACCAAUUGUGCUGCUGGGCUCAAAGGCGCCAGUACCGGCGGCAGUUGUGCCUCCCGACUCGACAAUGCCGGCGACCUCCGACCCGUACAUAAGGCCCAUUUGGGCAGACUGCUGGCUGCAGACACCGAGCUCCGUCUGGCUGUGAUGGUGAUCCUAAUGAAGCUGGCGGACAUCUCAAAUGAAUCCCGACCACUGCAUGUGGCAGGCCAUUGGUUGGAUAGACUGCUUGAGGAAUUCUCUACCCAGGUAACAGUUCUGCAUUAUUCUGGGCUGUUUGAGGCCACUGCAGGAAAUGGGGACAUGGGAAUUGUGCAUUUAAAUAGAUUCCUCAAAAUUCCACUCAUCUUUAUACAAACUUAUUAG